CAAGCUCACCCAGGAGCUGCCAAAUUUUCGACAUCUCUUCACAAUUCCUCCUCUUACUCAAGUUUACAUACGAAACUCACUUAAUACACAUGUCCGCCUCACUUCCGCGCCCGAAACGGGCCGGCGAAGACUUCGCCCGCACCCACCACCAAGAAGAAGAGGGAGACGACACCGGCCCCUCAAAAAAACCGAGAUUUGACCUUCGGAAUCCGUCCACUCUCGCUCCCGAUGCGCUCGAUGACGACGAAGUAUUAGACGCCGACGAAAUCGGGCGGCGUGGACAACAAGUCCGCCGCAAAGCUAUCAACCUCGAUGGCUACGAAUCGGACAGCGACAACGAAGGCUUUGAUGCGCGGUCCUCGGCCAAGGCACAGCAAAAAGAAGCGAAGCAAGAAGCGGAUGAUGAUGAUAUGUUUGCGGAAUUAGAGGAGGAUUUUGGCGCCGAAGAAGUGGACGGCGAUGCAGCACUCCGGAAGGACAAGAAGAACGUGCGCUUUUUGCGAAAUGACGAAAUUGAGGGACAAGUCGCGUCGUCGAAGAGUGGGCGAGCAUUGCGUGUGGAUCUGAGUCAAGGCGGUGAUGCUGUUAAUAUUGACGAAGAUGAAGAGAGUGAGAGUGACGUUGGUGAAGAAGACCGUGCAAAGGUAGGGAACGGCAUGGACGAGGAAUUAGGAGCCGGAUCGAAGAAGAAACAUGCGCCUUUGUUGGAUGCGUUCAACAUGCAAAACGAACAGGAAGAGGGUCAGUUUGACGAGCAAGGCAAUUAUGUUCGCAAAGCGGUGGACCCCGAUGCUGUACAUGAUUCUUGGUUGGAGGGAGUAUCGAAGAAGGAUAUUCGGCUCGCCAAGGAAGCAGCCGAUAAGAGAGAUGCUGCGAGAAAGGAGCAGGACCGCUUAAACGAUAGCGUCUUAACAUCAGACGCUCUCAAAACCCUCAUCACGCAACUACAGCGUGGCGAGACUGCAUUAGACGCACUCGCAAGGAUAGGAAAGGGAGCGCCAAAGAAGCCCAAAUGGCAAACGAAACGGAAUAAGAAUCGAUCAAAGGGUGACCAGGACACAGAAAUGGAGGAAGAUGAUCCUAAAGAGGCAGCAAGGAAGCAGGCGAUCGAAGCUGUUACAGGGGCAGCUGAUAUUUUGAUGACAAGAGGGCAAGCUGAGAUCUACGACACGGAACGCGAGGUUCUCACCAGACAAUACCGCCGCGAGACUGGCGAGGAAUGGAUUGACCAUUCGCAAACCACAGAUGCAGCGACGGAAGGCGCCGGGUCUGCGAUGUGGGAAUAUCGUUGGUCUGAUGCCCGUGAUGGUGGCGCCGUUCACGGGCCUUACGAUGGGCCGACGAUGGAUUCAUGGAAGGGGGCAGGCUACUUCGGCGAGGGAGUUGAAUUUAGGGCAGUGGGAGAUACUGGAGAUUGGAGUAGCAACGUUAGCUUUGUAUAGCACCGAUGCUAAAGGGACUAUAUUACUUGAAGCGCCAAUGAAGAUACCAACUUUUGAAGUAAUUAAUCUUUUCAUUAUGUAGACCUCGAAAUCAACUAGGAACCCAAACAUCAAACGGAAAUACCCAUAGUGAGCCGCAAACAAGCGCCAGGAUUAUCAUACAUCAAUGAGUCGAUGUGCUCAGAAAGCAUAGCGAAACCAGACAGAUUUCUUUUGUUUCAGAUAUAACCACCCUUUUCCGCUCCCAGCCCGCGAUGGUUUAUACUGCCUUUCAGAUACUCCAUCCCAUUCAACACCAAAAGGAUUCUAAAUGCGAUUGCAGCAGAAUAAGUCUAUGAAAUUUCCAUGGCGUCUCCGUUAGAAGCCGAAAAGUUCACGUUCCCUUGAUCACCA